GGAGUUUCUGGUUUUGCAUGAAGAAGCAGAACAUGAUGAAGCAUUUUUUCCCCAUCUAAAGAUCCAGUCGUGCUCCAGUUUGCAGAGGGCAAGGGGCUGGUUGCAGGUGGUGCUGGGAGGAUGGAGAGAUGGGGUUUCACCGUGUUAACCAGGAAUGUCUCGAUCUCCUGGCCUCGUGAUCCACCCGCCUCAGCCUCCCAAAGUGCUGGGAUUACAGGCGUGAGCUACCAUGCCCGGCCCUAGGCUCCACAACUCUAAGAAGCUUUGGCGAGUAAACAGGCCUGAAGAGGUGAAGUCAUUUGCCAAGCACAGAACCAGGAUUCAAAACUUUGCAGGCUGGCUCUAGAAUGCCACCCUGUCCCACCUCAGGACUGGCCCUCUCCUGGGAAUUCCUUUCUCCCUCAUCCUCCAUGUCCUUUUCUCUGUGGAGCUGUGUGCCCUUCCCAUAUCUAAGUGCAUGUCCUGGGAUCCAGGGGAUGACAUGUACUGGAGUCCCUGGUGCCCAUGCCUUCUGACCCCUCCUAGACCAUGAGCUGAGGGGACAGAGAGUGGCUCUUGCACCUGGGGGGCUCAGGGUGUGUACAGUGGGUGAACAAAUGGGGGGACAUUUGAGGCGCAGACAGAAGGACACAGAAUGUUCCCUGGUGGCAGCAUAGGAGGGGGCAGGGCUGGGCAGAGGGGGCAGUUGUGUCCUUCCCUACCUGAACCUCUUCUACUCUCUGGGUCCACCUCCAUGAAAUUAUUCAUUCUGCCACGUUCUCUUGCACUCUGGCUUUCUGUCUGAAAUCCUUUCUCCACCCCAGUAUUCACUCUCCGACUCUUCAGCUCACUCCUCUUAAUCCUUGAGACAUUCCGGGUUACCUGCUCCCUCAGGAGCUUUGCUAACCCCAAGUUUGUGAUAACUGCUUCCUUUAGGUUCCCACAGUUGCUCAUUCUAAUCCCAACACGGUAUUUGAAGGGCUACUUAUUUCUCCCCUAACUGGACUGUUAGGAGCUUUAUAAGGGCAAGAGCCAUCUCUUAUUUAAUGUUGUAUUCCUAGGGCCUGGUACCAGAGUAUUAGUAAAGCUUGUUGAAUGAAUAAAUGCGAUUCAGCAGUGACUUCCCAUAGAUGCUACUCCAUGUUAUUCAUGUCAUUGUAAUCCAUCUUGGGCUGCAUUUCACAAGCCAGCAUUGAAGAAAGCUGGGCUCAGAGAGCCUUAGAAGCCAUCAGUGGUACAGAUGAGGAAACCGAGGGCAGGCCUGGCUCUCACUGCCUCGCCUCUGGUUCUGCGACUGGAGCUCCGUGAGGACAGGAACCAGGACUUGGACGUUGUUUUCUGGCUUGGCAGGGCGCUUUGCCCGUGAUCACAGUCAUUGCCUUUUACUAGGUGUUUAUAAGGUGCCAGGCCCUUUAUGUGUUUUUCCACGUUUGCAUAUCCACAGGGAAGGGAGGUGCAAUUAUCCCCAUUUACAGAUCAACAAACAGGUGUAGGGACGUUAAGUAAUUUGGUUAUUUAUCAGUGUCUUCUGGUUCCUUUCACAAAUUUAUCUGGGUUCCACUGUAGCCUCACAACAUUUGUCAUCAAACCCACUUUUGGCGGUGCAGGGGCUCACACCUCUAAUCCCAGCACUUUGGGAGGCCAAGCGAGAGGAUCGCUUGAGCCCAAGAGCUCGAGACCAGCCCAGGCAACACAGAAAACCCUCAUUUCUACAAAAAAUAAAAUAAAAAUAGCUGGGUGUGGUGGCGCGCCUGUGGUCCCAGCUACUCGGGAGGCUGAGGUGAGAGGAUCGCUUAAACCCGGAGAGGCGGAGGUUGCAGUGAGCCGAGAUCACGCCACUGCACUACAGCCUCGGCAACAGAGCGAUACCCUGUCACAAACACUUUCCAGAGGGGGAAACCGAGGCUCUGGGACUGCAGAACCCGUUUCUCUGCCUCGGCAUACUGCUUCGGCUGGCUCUGCGCUUGAUAGAAUCGCGCCAGCAACAGCGCCCCCUGCAGGCGACGGCGGGCACGCCUGCGUCACAGCCAGCCCCGCCCUUCCGCAGUGGGAACGCCCGAAUGCUUCAUCCGGCCUCGGAAGAUUGAAGAGCGCUCCUCCAAAGGCCCUGGCUCAGGGAAGCGGGGGCGCACCGCCUUCAGCCCCGCCUUGGUCGCCGCGGCGUCGCAUCAGUGGCAUCCCCAGGGGCUGCGGGAAGGUAGCCGUGGCCUUGGCUGUCGUGGCUUCCCUCAUCGUAACGGCCUGGGGGCAGCGGUGCUCAAAGAACUCAGGGGGUGGGGCUCAGGUGGGGGCAUGGCCGGUGCUCUUCCUAGGGGCGGGAUCCUGGGAAAGGGGAUCGUCCCAGAAGGACCCAGCCAUAAGCGAGGACACCGGUGCAUCAAGCUCUGGCGCCUUUGUGUCCGUGGGCAGCGCCCUUCUCCUCCCCAGACGUUGGUCCUGGCACCUGUGUGUCCGUGGGCAGCAGCCUCUUCCUCCUCCCCAGACCUCAGUUUCUGCACGUGUGAAAUGGGGGCUCUUCCAAGACACUUACAUGAAUGCAAAAAUCGGGGUUUCGUCCAGCAUGCUCAGAAUUCUCGACCCUACACAGGCACCUGAGAAAUCAGAGCUGAGUCAGGCGAGCCGGUGUGGAUGUACUGGGAGCUCCUUCCCUUGCUGCGUCAGCACCCUUGAGACUGGAGAGCCCUGGAGGUUGGGGACCGGCCACUUGCUGGUGGACCAGACUCCCUGCAGUCUGGGAUGGUGACGGACAUGAGACAUGGCUGUGGAAGUAACUGGUAACAGUAGUAGCCCGCAUUUAUUGAGCACUGACUAUGUGCUUGGCUUUGUGUGAAGGCCAGUCACAUGCAUUAUUUCCCCCUCCCACAGCCCUGUCUGGUGGGUACUGUUAUUCCGUCCCCAGUUUACUGAUGAGGCAUUUGAGGCCCAGAGUUGCUGGGUAGUAACCAGUCCAAAGUCACCCUGCUGACAAGUGGCUGAAGCAGUAGUCCCCAGUCUUACCCACUAUACUGUACUGAGAAAGGUUUGACCUGGAAGGCAGAAUGGCAGAGGGGGAAAUGACAAGGCUCUAGCAGUAUUAAUAAUAGAUACCAUGCAUUGAGCACCCACUAAGUGCUGGGUGCUGGCCCAAGGGCAUUUCGUGUAUCAUUUAUCCUCCUGACAGUGAACCCUAUACUGUAGAUUUUAUUUCCAUUUCAAAGGUGAAGCUCGGAGAAGUCACUUUAUAUGCCUUAGGGCACAUAUAGUAAAAAACUUUUGGAUUCAUUGAUGGUGCAUUUUGCCUGCCUGUAUGUCACUCUUAGGCAUAUUCCACUCUUCUCUGAGUCAAGCUUUCUCCUACUGUGAAAUGAGAGGCUUUGACUGGGAGACUUUGAAUGUUCUUUCCCGAGCUGAUGUUGUUUGAUUUUAGGGAGUUUUGACAUGAAUGUCGGAGAUCUGGAUUUGAGGAUUACAUUUGUUCCUAAUUAACUGUAAUUUAGGCACACCUUGGCCAAGUUCCCUGCAUCUCUGGUCUUCAGUUUCUGCAUUAGUAAAAGAAUGUCCCUGGCACAAGUUUCCAAGGAUAGACCCCCUGUGUGAAGGGGAGCAGCUGCCUUCGAGCAAUCAGCAGUAACUGCUUGGGGAGGUUUAGUUCAGAAGUCACCUCCAAAGUUGAGAUGGACCCACAGCUGAACGCCAACACUUCCACUUCUCGGUGCCUGUAGUCCCAACUACUCAGGAGGCUGAGGCAGGAGAAUCGCUUGAACCUGGGAGGCAGAGGUUUCAAUGAGCCAAGAUUGCUCCACUGCACUCCAACCUGGGCAACAGAGCAAGACUCCCUCUCAAAACAAAAACAAACAAAACAAAAGGAUGCUAAGGAUGCUAAUGGUACCAGCUUCAUCUCGGAUUUGUUUGCUUUUGCAAAUAGCAGUAGCUCCUGAAAUGUGGAAAUUCUUUACCUGGCCGAUUGAUGACAAACCUGGUGGGAGAAGUAGCUGGCAUAUACCCAUCUGCUGCAUGGCUUGACCAUGUGGGUAAACUCUCCGGAGGCCCGCGUGAGCUAAAGGGGAUGCUCCAUCCCAUGCGCAGUGGAGCCUGCCUCCAUGGGCCCUGCUGGCCUUCAUGGCACCACCUCUCCCAUAGACAUCAGAGCUCCGGUGCCAGCGCUUCCCCCCGCAGACCCACUCGGUGGUGCCCAGCCAGGCUACCCUGCACAGCAUCUCACUUAUCUGUGCCAGAGUGAUGGCUGCUCAGCUAGCCACGAGAGGGUAGCACACCCUCUGCCCAUCCUGCAACAUGUCUGAAGCCCACCUAGACUCCUUCAUCCCGUGGACACUGCAUUAAACACAUGCGCAAGCACCUGGGCUUCAGUGGGGGUUUGUUUGGCCUCCCCAGGAUGGACUGGAGCAUCAGUAGUGCCUGAGUUCAUCACAGGACAGAUGCUCAAGACACUCUUAUCACCAUUAUGUGGACUUGGAGGAGCCAAAAGUGGGCACAGUGGCUCCUCAGCAGAGACGCUCCUGAAUGUAUAGACAUGGGAACCACCUUCAGCAUCAAAAAAGGAAACGUUCUGCAUGCCCAUAUCCAGAAAAAUCCCCACUCGCUGUAACUUGCGGUCUACGAAGAGGAAAGUCAGCGGCUCCGUGCUGGCAGAGAGGCAGCUUCCAUCCCUCAAACUCACAGUCCAGAAUCCAUGCUCUGUGGUCAGCUGGAUCCUCCCUUUGCGGCGAACAGAUUCUCUGCAGACUCCCAGGUCCCAUUCUGUGCUUGUUCCCACGUCCACCUCCCAGUAGUGGCGGCCACAGGUAAAGCGAGGGGAGCCCAGGACACAAAUGGACACGUCAAAUCUCUCAGCAAGGUCUUGCCGAUUCUGUCUGAUGCUCCCACUUCGGACGCUCCUGAGAUCGUCAGAAAUGAGGAGGAAGUCGUUGGCUGUGUCGGCAUCCAAGGUCAUAUCCACUGUGAAAAGGAAAAAAGUUGCUCAGCAAAUGGACAGAAGCCAACCCCAUGCCUCUCCCCUACUUCCAAGGCCCAAAUAUCUCUUGACUUUGGUUUCUUUAAUUCUCUUCUUCCCCCAAAAUCAAAACGUUUCAAGAGGCAACUUCCCUGACUAGUUCAAAUUCUCAUAAGUAGGUAUGCUUUGUGGCAAUACCCGACUCUUAUUCACAGUAGCAAUUAUUUUACUUUAUGUCACGUGUUUGCUUCAUUGGACUUUUCUUCAUUUAGAGUGGAGGGUCUCUGAAGGCAGACACCAUGACCCCCUUUCUACCACCUUGAUGGGUGAACAAAUGAAUGAUAAUUAAGAC